CGGGAGCUUUCGAACCAUGCUUACAACAAAAUGGCGGAUGUAGUGGUUCCAACGAGUCUUAUCAAAAACUGGGAUAAAACUGGCAAAGAUGAAUUCAAAAGACUCUGUAAAAACUGUUCCAAGGAUCGAGAUGGAAGGAUGUCAGAUUCGAGUUUUUUGUGCGGUUCUACUGAYUUGAAAAGAGUGCUUUAUGAACUACUUUGGCACGUUGUCAAAGGAGACUUGAAACAGGACGAUGCCUUGGUAGUUCUAGCUGAGACGAAGGAGCUGCAUCCAACAAGUCUUUCAGUGAUGGCGGAUCUAAUUUGCAUAAUGGAUGUAGAGAACCAGUGCCUGGAAGACAAGGUGUACAGGGAUCGUUUCCUCUCAUUAGUGGCUGCAUCAGUGUCUGUAAUCCCUGAGGUGUUGCUGAAAGAGAGGCUUGAUUUGGAGACCUUGGAGGCCCUUGGACUCAUCCAGUCACAGAAGACAUUCAACCAGAAAUAUGUCAAGACAAAGACAAAACUUUUCUAUAAGCAGCARAAGUACAACUUGCUAAGAGAGGAAAGCGAAGGAUAUGCUAAACUCAUCGUGGAGUUGGCUCAAGAUAUUGGAGGUCGAAUAACUGAUGCUACAGUCUURCAAAAUAUCAAAUCACUCAUUGGUCAGUUCCACCUAGAUCCCAACAGAACGCUUGACAUUAUACUAGAGUGUUUUGAAUGUAAUCUCAAYAAGGAGCCAUUUUUCCUACCACUUCUCAAGUCAUACAUGGGUAGAAGUGGGACGUCAUCWUUAUUCCAAAUACUAGGCUUUAAAUUUCAGUUUUACAAGGACCAGCCAGGUGUCACUACUCCUAGUUCUCUUUAUCAUCUGGCAGCUGUGCUUAUCAAACAUGGAUUGAUCGAAUUGGAUGACCUAUAUCUGCAUCUGUCACCAACAGAUGCAGAUAUUGCCGUGUCCUGUAAAAAGAUGAUGUCUGAGAUGAAACAAGAUGCAAAAAAAUUAAAUAUAACUAUCUUAGCUGAAAUGACUAAUAAUAAUGAAGAAGGCAAAGAAAACAAUGCAAAGGAAAAAGAAAAUGAAAAAACAGAAAUACCACCAGAUAAUCAAAAGUUUGGUUUGUGUGAGGCACUAAUUAUGGUUGGUGCGUGGAAAAGCGCCAAGAUGAUCAUGGACAAACUGCCUAGUUAUGCUACAGUAACAAACCCUUCAAUAUCAGGCGCAUUAUGUAAACUACUGCACUCUACCAUUGAACCACUUUAUAGAAAACAUGCAUCCAAAGCUGCUCGAGGCAGACCGUACACCACUGUGUCGGGAGCCCCCAAACAAGUCCAGUCAUACACUGAUUUAAUACAAGAUGUGUUCCCUAUGUUCAACCAACUUGGUCCUUACUUAUCAUGUGAUCCUAUACUGAUGGCUAAAAUCCUCCGUAUUGGGAAGGGAUUUCUUAAAGAGUAUCCAACUGUGUUUGAUGACAAGCCCAACAGUCCAACAUCUCCUGAGAUUCAAAAUGUCUGGUGUGGUUUUCUUACUCUUAUGGAUGAAGUUCUUCUUCCCUCGAUUUCACUUCUUGAAUGUAACUCAAGUUUAGCAGAAGAGCUAUGGGGAAUGAUCAAAUGCUAUCCAUAUCAAGUUAGGUAUAGACUGUAUGGCCAGUGGAAGAAUGAUUCGUAUGACAAGUAUAUGGCACUGGUCAGGGUCAAGGCUGAAACCAUCAAAAAAGCAAGAUAUAUUACUAAACGUCUCACCAAGGAAAAUGUAAAACCCUCUGGCCGUCAGAUAGGCAAAAUAAGUCACAGCAAUCCAGGAGUAGUCUUUGAAUACCUUUUAACUCAGAUUCAGAAGUAUGAUAACUUUAUUGGUCCUGUUGUUGAUUCUCUUAAGUACCUUACACAGUUGGCUUACGAUGUCUUAGCUUUCUGUAUUAUUGAAGCUCUUGCUAAUCCUGAGAAAGAGAGACUAAAGCUGGAAGAUACGAACAUAUCAGAUUGGCUAAAAAGUUUAGCAGUGUUUUGUGGCACGGUGUUCAAGAAGUAUCCCAUUGAAUUAACCUGUCUUCUUCAAUAUGUCACCAACCAGCUGAAAGCUGGAAAAAGUUUUGACUUACUGGUUUUAAAAGAAGUUGUCCAGAAAAUGUCUGGCUUAGAAAUCUCUGAGGAGGUCACCAUGUCUCAACUGGAAGCUUUGUGUGGUGGAGAGCUCCUCAAAGCUGAGGGUGGCUACUUUGGUCAAAUAAGAAACACCAAGAAGUCUUCCCAGAGACUCCGAGAUGCCGUGGUUGAUGGAGAGCUGGCUCUACCAUUGUGUAUUUUAAUGGCGCAGCAGAGAAAUGGUGUGGUUUUCUUUGAAGAUAACAAACGACAUCUCAAGCUUGUGGGAAAACUUUAUGAUCAGUGCCAAGAUACAUUAGUUCAGUUUGGUGGUUUUUUGGCAAGUCAAAUGACAGCUGAUGAGUACGAGAACCACUUACCUUCUUUAAAAGAUCUUGGACAAAAGUACCAUCUGACUCCCGAAGUUGCAUUUUAUCUGUCAAGACCCAUGUUCCAACAUCAAAUUGAGUUGAAGUUUGAAUCAUCAAAGGCGUCUGUUAAAAGUGACAAAGCUUUGUCCCAAAAGGUAAUCUACCAACAUUACACCGAUGCAGUUAACAAUGUAAUGGAGCCCAUUGUACAGAGUGCAAGACUACUACAGACUGCUAAAGUGUGGAAUAAUAUCAGUCCACAGUUGUAUGUAACAUUCUGGACGCUGUCCAUGUACGAUGUGCAUGUUCCUGUGGAGAGAUAUGAAGCUGAGAUUCAAAGGUUUAAAGCACAAAUAAUUCAAUUAGAAGAUAAUAAAGAAAUGGCGGCAAGCAAGAAGAAAAAAGACAAAGAGAGGUGGGUGCAGUUGAUUGACAAGCUGAAAAGUGAGCAGCGAGAACAGGAAGAACACAAUCAAUGUGUGAUGACUUGGUUGAAGCAUGAACGGGAUUCUUGGUUUCCCUCAAAAUCUACCAAGAGUGAAACCAUCACCCAAUUCCUUCAGCUGUGCAUGUUUCCUCGCUGUGUCUAUACUGCAAGUGAUGCUAUCUACUGUGCUAAGUUUGUGCACACUUUACACAACCUGAAGACACCAAACUUUUCAACUCUAUUAUGCUUUGAUAGGGUAUUUUCAGACAUUUCAUAUACAGUUGCUAGCUGUACUGAGAAUGAAGCAAGUAGAUAUGGUCGYUUCCUUUGUUCUAUGCUUGAAAUUGUGAUGCGUUGGCAUGGAGACAAGAAGAUUUACGAAAAGGAGUGUGGUAGCUAUCCUGGUUUUGUGACUGUACUGAGAGCCACCAACACGGACAAAGCUGACCAUCUUGACUAUGAGAACUUUAGACAUGUCUGUCAUAAAUGGCAAUAUAAACUCACCAAGGCAUUAGUMGUUUGCUUGGAGUCUAAGGAUUAUACACAGAUWAGAAAUACCAUCAUGGUGUUGACAAAGAUUCUGCCCUUCUACCCUAAAGUUCUAAACCUUGGACAAGCCUUAGAAAGACGCAUUGAUAAAAUCUGCGAAGAAGAGAAAGAGAAGAGACAAGACAUCUAUACUUUAGCAAUGGGAUAUUCUGGUCAGCUUAAAUCCAAGAAAAAAGAAAUGGUCGCUGAGAGUGACUUCCAUAGAAAAGAAAAGCCAGCUCCACCACCGACCACUACAACAUCCAACAACGACAGCAGCGCUGUAACUGUCAAGCAAGAAAAAACAGAUAAUCAAGCUACAUCCAAUUCGACUUCUGACACAAAAGUAACAGUGAARACUGAACCAGCAGACAGUACCACCACAGCAAAGCCAAAGGCCACAGUAUCAGUUAAAAAAGAAACAGAAAACAAGAAGUCUUCAAGUCCUAGUGUAGUGAAAACAGAGAAUUCCUCUUCACAAGAAAAGUCCAAAACUACCUCAUCCAAGUCUGGAACAUCGACUCCAACACCACGAAGAAACUCAAAUGACUCGCCCAGCAGGACUCCUGUAUCUAACUCAACUACUGCAAAGUCUGGUAGCGGUAGUUCGGCGACAAAGAAUCAAUCGAAGUCCAAGACACCAACCAGUGGUUCAUCUGUUAGUAAAGUUGACUUGACGAGCAGCAGUGAUUCGGAUGGUAAAAAGGCAGAAUCGGGAAAAACUAAAAGCAAAGACAAGGAAAAAGAACGAAAAGAGGAAAAAGACUCAAAUGAAAAAAACAAGGAGAAAGAGAAACCGAAAGAAAAAUCCAAGGAAAAAGAUAAAGAAAGAAGUAAAAGUAAAGAAAAAGAUAAAGAUAAAGUCAAAGAAAAAGCUAAAGACAAGCCUCGUACUAAACACAACACAUCGAUAGAAGCUGAAGAGAAAGAGCCCAAAAGACGUAAAAUUGAAGGCUCGUCUUCUCCUUAUGUACAGCAGGAUUCCACCGAUAGCAGUCUAGACAAGGACCAAGAACGAUCGAGUUCUGAACGAGAAAAAGACAAAGAAAAAACUAAAGACAAAGAAAGAAAAAGGAUAUCUAGCGAUCAGUUAGACGGAAAAGAAGUCAAACGACGAAGGGAGGAUAACGGGGAAGUUCGAUCGCCCAGCGCGGAUUCCACAAAGACGAAAGGAAAGUCUGACGACGGUACCCAUAAGGAAAAAUCCAAGUUAUCGGUGAAACUUGUUCGCAAAGUAACCAGUGAAUCAACAACCAAACAAGAUAAAGAAGAAAAAGAAUCGAAAACCAUUACCAAAAAGAAAGAAGUUAACGACAAAGUUGAAAAGGAAUCGAAAGACGAAGAUACCGCGAAAUCAMGGAGACAUCAUAGAUCAUCAUCGAGAAGAACUUGACGCCGGCUUCAAUAAAUAGUUCUUUUGAAAGUAAUUUAUACCGUACGAAACCGGCAAUAAUCACUGAGCAUCUCAGGCAGCCUAACAUUACGUAGAAGUAUUUUAUACUAUACUCUGCGUCCCGUGUGUUUCACCUUACUGUUUCGUGUAAGCAUAAUGUCGAUACUGCUGCGCUCCGAGAACCAAACCUGAGGAACACCUUCAUCACUUUCGUUUACAAUCAGCCACGUCAUGAAUUUUAACUUUGCCAGACAUCGGUCCAACAACGGAUCCUUGAGGAACACUCUAAACUUCGUGUUUGUGAUUUUAUGAACGCUUAAUAGCUGCUAACAGUUAAAAGGAACCGCUGUGUUUUUUAUUUCUUAAUUAACCAGAAUUUCCCCUUGCGAUAUAAUGAAACAGUUUUUGAAUUAUAAUUGCGCACCAGAACCAUACAAUCUCUAUGCUAUUUUUUCUAGGACAUGAAUUGUAGUACGUUAUCAAAUAAAAUCAUACUUUUAAAGAAGUUAAA